CCUCACAAACUAACCAAUCACAGUGCUCGUUUCUGAACGUGAAAUGUGGCACAGGUUUAAAAUGGAGAUCGUUACCGAUUUAUGCAUGAUUAAUUUUCUACGUCCAUAAUUCAUCAAUAAGGCGCAUCUUUUGUCAACGUACUCACAGCAUGUAUUGCAAUCGACAACUGCGGCAUAAAUCUGUAUACAUUUGAACUGGUGAUAUACAAGUUAAAGUGUUAUUUGCAGCGAUAUAUUUAACGUAACAUUUAUUGUGCUGCGUUUACUGUGUACGCACGGCCGGCCAAAUGGCGGCUACAUGUGCCAGCGAGUUGAACAUGUUGAAUGAUGUGACUGUCAGUUCUUCAGUCAGCAUGUCGGUCACUACCAUUCAAGACCAAGAUGCAGAUUGUGAGCAUAGGAUAUGCCUUGUUGGAGAAGAGACAGCCAACAAUCAACAGCUUCUACAAGAUUUGCAGACUCUCGGUUUGCCAGUUACGACAUCCGAGACAGGUAUGGAGAACGUGAUAGAACCAGCCGGAGUUGAAACCCUCUUUGUUCUGACCGAGUUUGAAGGAGAAGGCUUUGAGAACUUGAGACGCAACGGCUGCCGAGUGUUGGGGGCUCCUGUCAUUUAUAAAUGUGCAGCCGAAAAACAGCCGCUGCCAUUGACUAGUCGACCCUUGUACUGCUGCCACAUGUCCCAGCUUGUGAUUUGCUACGGGUUCGUCGAGAAGGAAGAACUGAAACGGCUCGCCGAGCUGGUUCAUCACAUGGGGGGCAGCGUCCGGAGGGACUUCAGCGCUAAGGUCACUCACCUGGUUGCCAACGGAACCACUGGUAACAAAUACAGGGUGGCAGUCAGUCUCGGGACACCAAUCAUGACCAAAGAAUGGAUCAACAUGGCCUGGCAGCAUAGACAUGACACGCAGAUAUCUGCAACGACCGAAGCUAUGUUGCAAUAUAAAAUGGCACCGUUCUUCAAGUGUGUGCUGGCGUUCGUCGGAUUUUCUGCAGAGGAACAAAAACACAUGGAGGAGGUCACUCUCACACAAGGUGGUACUUACGCCGAGGUACGAGAUUCCACUUGUACACAUCUAGUCAUUGAAGACAACGCCACCACUGAAAUGCCAACCACUGAUGUGAAACGAGUCAAGCAAGAGUGGUUCUGGGCCAGUGUUCAGAUGGAUGCCUGUGCUGAUGAGAGUUUAUACUCAUACCACAAGACAGUCAGCUCCGAUGAAGUCCUCAACACGCCAGGGAACACGCCAGUCGUGCGCACGUCGCGCAAACGACGCCGCCUGAAGGACAGCCUCGCCGCGCUGAGCCAGGAAAACGAUGACCUGGCUUCGCCGCGGCUGCCCAAGCGUCGGUCCAGCACCCUCCCUGAUCCCGGCACGGUCUUAUCCAUGUCGGCUUCGUCUCUGCUGGAUGCUACUCCCGACGAAUCACUGGCAGGAAAUGAUCGAUGCACUCCCAUGCAAGUGGAUGACACACCAGUAAGUAGAAACAGCCAAGCGCAGCCAAUCUCCAAACGUCACCUGACAGCAAUGGAACUACUACAGACAGAGACCAAUUAUGUAGGAAUACUGCACACUAUCAUCACGGUCUUCAAAGAACCGCUGGAGACGGAGCAGACAGGAGGACCCAUUCUGGACCAGGAGGAGAUCAAGACUAUCUUCAGCAAGAUCCCUGAGAUACACGAGGUCCAUCAGCGUCUGCAGGAGGAUCUCGAGAGACUACUGGAUGAUUACAGUGAAGAUAAGAGCAUUGCACAGAUCAUCAUCAAGCAUUCAGCUGAUAUGAUAAAAGCAUAUCCAGCCUUUGUCAACUUCUUUGAGUUGAGCAAGCAGACAGUUCUUGACUGUGACAAGCAGAAGCCCAGGUUCCAUGCCUUCCUCAAGAUUUGUCAGAGUAAGCCAGAGUGCGGUCGCCAGACCCUGACUGAGCUACUCAUCCGACCUGUGCAGAGACUGCCCAGCAUGAUCCUACUACUGUCAGAUUUACAGAAGAGGACUCCAGAGGGCCACAUAGAACGUGAUCACCUUGCCCAGGCGGUAGAUUCCCUCAGGAAAGUCACCGAACACAUCAACGAGGACAAGCGGAAGACCGAGGGCCACACCCAGAUGUUUGAGGUCAUGAACGACAUUGAGGAUGUGCCUCCACACCUGCUAUCAGCCCAUCGGAGCUUCGUCAUGCGCGCCGACAUGACCGAGAUCGGCGACAAGGAGAACGGUAAAGGAGAGAACUUCUCAGAGAAAGGCGGCAGCAUCAGCAUGUUUCUGUUCUCAGACACAUUGGAGAUCUGCAAGCGGCGUGGCAAACCAGGAGCCUCAUUCAAGAGUCCUCAUAGCAGCAAGGCCCCACAGAAAUUCUACAAGCACAUAGAGCUGGUUCCUUUAUCUCACAUCCGGAGGAUUCUGGACGUGCAGGAAACAGAAGAAUGCAAAAACACGUUUGGCAUUUUGUGCAAGCCGCCCAUGGACACCACAGAUCGCCUGGAUCGGCUGUACCUUUUCACGUUAGUCAGGGAAGAGCCACAAAAAGAAGACUGGCUGAAGACAAUGUGCAAACACAUGGCAGACGUCACCUGUAAAACAGAUGCUGAUAACUUCCUGACCAAAAUAACCCCCGAGGAACUGGAAAUCACCAAGAGUGAUUUUGACAAGGGCAAGCUGACUAAAGCAAUGAGGAAAGCCAGGCGAGCGACGCGGAAGGUCGGACGCACCUUCUCCUUCAACAAGACACCGCGCCGGACCCUGCAACGUGCCGCAUCCACUGCCACACUCAACAUGAGUCCCAUGGUGAUGAGUGUAGAUCAGGCUCAUCCUGCUGAGCAUAUGGACCUGACCGGUGCCAGACUAGCUAGUACAUCAAGCCUAAAUGCAAAGGUGACGUCACCCCUGGCCACUCUACCGCCGUGCACCCCUAGCAAACUGAAGAGUGUCACCUAUGGACCAUCUAGCGCCAACUGGCUGUGAAAGCAUCCAACACGAUGAAACACCCUGCAGACAACAUUGGUGGAUUUCACCUUAAACGCAACAGCACCGUGUAUAUCCUUUGUUGCAUUCAAUAAUGCUCUCAAAAACGUGUGUAUAUGUUUUGACAUCGUUGGUCUGAGGCAGUUGAAGAAAGGCCAGUAUACGAUUACUAGCAUUUUUAUUGUUAAAGACAAAACAGCCUUCCCCAUUUGUAAAAUGGAUGUACCGAAACUUUAACUUACAAUUUCUGGGUGUAAACCCUUUAACCCUUGUAUCGCCCCAAACCGCCCUGCCUGUACUCCUCAUACCGCCCUAAACCGCUCUACUUUUCUUUGGUUUUAUUAAUUCCCAUAGGAGUAAGUACAAUGUAAUGCAAUGUAAUACAAGUGCUAGAGGAUUAACAAGUGCAGCUGGCAAAUACAACAAUAAUAAUAAUAAAAUAAUAAUAACAUGAUUGAUAGCGCACAUUUUCGUAAGUUUCAAUGCGCGACUAAGGACAACUCCAGAAGAUAAUGUCAGAGUGUCUCAUUUUUUAACAUAAGUCAGAAUUUGUUUGGAUGGCUUUCAUCAAGGCAUGCAGAAAUAUAGCAUUCGUUUUAACUUUUACUGCAUUAAACUUAAUUCCUAAUACAUGUACAUGUAUGCCUAAAAUACUGACUGUGCGGAGUGCAAAAAGGAAAUAUCUGAAUGCAUGAUGUAAAUUUGUUCUCAACAAUUAUUAUCCUGUUCCAUGUGAUAAGUUCUUGAACUGAAUGAGCAAAGCACUCUCUAACAUGAGAAUGAUCUAUUAAUAUAAAUAUAGCACUUUACUUGGAAAAUUAAAAUUCUUAUUUGUGUACAAUUUUUGACUCAGUUACAGCCAUGUAAAGGAGACAAUGUGUGCUUUUUGUAAUUUUUGACAUGCUGGGGCUUAGAUGAAAACAAAUCAUUCUAGAAUACGUUUUCAGUUUGUUGGAAUGAUGAGGGGUUACAUUUAUGGCACUCUUUCAAGGAUAGCAGACAAGUUUGCUUAUUACCUUAAAAGUAGUUCACUUUGUAAAUAUACAACAGGCCAAUUCAUACUGAAUGCGAAAGUAAGGAGAAUUUUUCGACGUCACCGAUUGAAGCUUUAUUGUGAUGCUCAUAGUUUACACCCCAUCCAAGUGGCUUUAUACUGAAAUUCGCGGAAAAUCUUAAACAUGUCUUCAAGGGCCUUAAAUUGAAUUUUUCUUAGGAACAUAUUUUGUGCAUCUUCCUACCCUUUAAGUGUAUGAAAAAUAUUUGACAUCCCUUCUUGGUUAAUUUUAUGGAAAAGUACACUUCUUUAAACAAUUAAAAUUGUCCAUGCUUUUCCGGACAACUGAGGGCACUGUUUCUGCGAUGUCAUUGUUGGAAGUCACUUUUCAGCUAAGGGAUUUUAUAUUCAAAUUGUGAACCCCAAAAUUUGCUCAUUGAAAAUAUUAAUUUGUGAGAAAAGUUUGCUCAUUGGCUUACUGUCGUGUAUCACUCAAGAAAGAAAAUUCUCAUCAGCAAAAUAUCCAAAAUUCGGGCAGUUUUGAUGCUCAAAUGGCUGUAACAUUGAGGUUCUGCCUGAAGUGACAUCAUAUGUUUGCUUAUGAAUAUGGAAUUUGCAUAAACAUAAAAAAUUGCACCAAAACACCUCUGAAAAUGGCAAAACGAAAAUUGAAAAUAGGGCUUAAUGGCACAAAGGUGCAUUUCAAAGACAAAGACAUUAAACAAGUUACAUUGCAUGACCCUUUAAGACUCAUGAUGCGAUAAAUAAAUCAAGGGAAGUGACUUAUUUCAAGACAGUCUUAAAAGCGAUAGUUUGUAAAUUGUAAUAUUUAAAAAGAAUGAUUCACUAUUUUAAUUAAUUAAAUAUGCAAAUUUUGUGUGCCAUAUUUGGAUCAAUAAAGUGUCUGAGAAUCCCUUUUUUUUUCCAAACGAAA